GCUGGAGAAGAAGAGGAGCAACCGAACAUGCUUGCUGUAGGGAAAGCUCUGCUCAGAGAGUGAGGAGUGAAAUGCUCGAAGGUGGAGGGGGGAGCGACGAUAGAAUGGCUUGGUGAAAAUUAUCACACAGGAUAGCUGGAGCGCUGUCUUACGUGUUAAAGGAAAUGGAUUCAAAUACGAGAUAACCCGUGUGUGUUUAUCAUCAAAUGGAUUCUGGUGUUUUUCGGGCGAUGCUCUUCAUUUGCUCCAGGAACUUCAGUGUUAGAUAACAUUGUGUUAUUGUUUUAUUGUUUUUUUUUGUUUUUUUUUUAUGAUUAGGGUGUGCUUAGAGAGUUGUUCUUAUUCUUAUUGCUGGGAAAUAAUUAUUAUCUUGAGGUGAAGUCGCUUUAAAUCAGAUCAUUGAGCCCUGGCGUUAGUAUCCACUUAUUCAGAGUGAUUUGAUUGGUUUUACUAGCAAAUCGAAUCGAGAAGAACUAACUUUUUUUUUUUUAAUCCAACAAUAUUUGGUCAUCAUUUGUCGUAUAGCAGUACUGUUGCAGUGUCGUUCUUACUGAUUAACUUUGUUUUUGAUAACUAGAUUUCUUUGGGAUUUGUAGCGAUUUGUAAUACAUUCCAACACGAAAUAUCAACUUAACACCUGAACCCUUGUUGACGACCUGGGCUAAAAUAUUAACGUUGAUUUGCCCUACAUUGAACGGUAUUGACCAAUAGAGUUGAGCUUAAAGCAGGGCACCAACUUAGAGUGAAAGGUUAUGCUGACUUGGUCAACUCAGUAAACAGUGUGUUGCGUGGCUGAUAAAUGAUAAACAACUGUGUUGUGUUGGUGUUGUUGUUUUAUAUUUAUUGUAUACUGCUUUUAAAAAAAAAAUCGAAUUUAAAGACACGAUUUUACAAUUUAUUAUUUUUUUUUAAAAAUAAAAUAAUACUUUUAAUUAGUUUGACCAAAAAAGUAAUUACCUACAGCUCCUAUGAAAUGGCUGAUGUGGUGAAAAUAGCCAUCGCAAAGUCCUGUUAGAAUUCAAUGACCCAUCACUGCUGUGACUUUUUCUGAUAGCCGUAAGGCCAGUGCGUUAAAAAUCAUGACAUACUUGUUGGUGUUGGUUCUGUUGACGGUAGAAGCCCUUGAGGAUACGGUGCACCCAAGAGUGAGCAAUGAUAUCUACAUGGACCCAUGUAAGGCAGGUAGGUCUUCAUGUGUGGUGGUUCAAAUGUCUAAUGAUAUUGUAAGUCUCUAUAAUCAGUAGGUAAAUAUGGACCAGUUGCUGUUGAAUGAUGUGUGUGGUAAAAACUGUAUUAUUGUAGGGAACAAUAUAUAUUAAAAUAUACCUAAAGCCUAAAUUCACAACAAUUCUUACAAUCCUUAAUACACCCAUAAAUUCCAUUCUUAAUAUCCUGAAUACACCCAUAACAUCCAUUCUUAAUAUCCUGAAUACACCCAUAACAUCCAUUCUUACUAUCCUGAAUACACCAUUUACAACCAUUCUUACUAUGCUCAAUACACCAAUAACAACCAUUCUUACUAUGCUCAACACACCAAUAACAACCAUUUUUACUUUGCUCAAUACACCAAUAACAACCAUUCUUACUAUGCUCAAUACACCAAUAACAACCAUUCAUUACUAUGCUGAAUACACCAAUAACAUCCAUUUAUUACUAUCCUCUAUACACCAAUAACAUCCAUUUAUUACUAUCCUCAAUACACCAAUAACAUCCAUUUAUUACUAUCCUCAAUACACCAAUAACAUCCAUUUAUUACUAUCCUCAAUACACCAAUGGCCAUCCAUUCUUAUUAUCCUCAAUACACCAAUGGCCAUCCAUUCUUACUAUCCUGAAUACACCACUAGCCACCCCUCUAAACAAAUCGCACAUUCAGCACGAGUGCCUGGUCUGUAAGGGGAACCCCCUUUAAGCCUUGUGACGAGGUAUCUAAUUUUGUGGGUGUUGUGCGAACUUGAUUUACCUAUAUUGAACUUACGUAUUGUUCAGACGCGUGGAACCUUGACUAAAUUUUUCCCAUGGUAAAAUCCUUAAACUGUGCCCAGCCAGCCCCCACCACCCCCGCCCCCCUUUAAAAAAAAUACAGUCAGUAAAGUAAAAUGAAAAUAACCCAUGUGUCGAUUUAUAUAAUGUUAGCCUCAUAAAUAAAUCCAAAAGGCCAUCAGAGUUACGUCACUUAGAGAGUAAAAAUUACGACUACUGAGGGAACCAACAGGUCUUAACCUGGCACUGGUCUAAGCACUACAAACCUCUAUGCUGGUCUAAGCUCUAAAAACCCCUAUGCUGGUCUAGGUACUACAAACCACUAUGCUGGUCUAGGCACUACAAACCCAUAUGCUGUUCUAAGUACUAAAAACCCCUAGGUACUAAAAACCACUAUGCUGGUCUGGUUACUACAAACCCCUAUGCUGAUCCAGGUACUACAAACCACUAUGCUGGUCUAGGUACUAAAAAUCACUAUGCUGGUCUAGGUACUAAAAAUCACUAUGCUGGUCGGGUUACUACAAACCCCUAUGCUGAUCCAGGUACUACAAACCACUAUGCUGGUCUAGGUACUAAAAACCACUAUGCUGGUCUGGUUACUACAAACCCCUAUGCUGAUCCAGGUACUACAAACCACUAUGCUGGUCUAGGUACUAAAAAUCACUAUGCUGGUCUAGGUACUACAAACCACUAUGCUGGUCUAGGCACUACAAACCACUAUGCUGGUCUAGGUACUACAAACCACUAUGCUGGUCUAGGCACUACAAACCACUAUGCUGGUCUAGGUACUACAAACCACUAUGCUGGUCUAGGUACUACAAACCCCUAUGCUGACUACAAACCACUAUGCUGGUCUAGGUACUACAAACCACUAUGCUGGUCUAGGCACUACAAACCACUAUGCUGGUCUAGGUACUACAAACCACUAUGCUGGUCUAGGUACUACAAACCCCUAUGCUGGUCUAGGCACUACAAACCACUAUGCUGGUCUAGGCACUACAAACCACUAUGCUGGUCUAGGUACUACAAACCACUAUGCUGGUCUAGGCACUACAAACCACUAUGCUGGUCUAGGUACUACAAACCACUAUGCUGGUCUAGGUACUACAAACCCCUAUGCUGGUCUAGGCACUACAAACCGCUAUGCUGUUCUAAGUACUAAAAACCCCUAUACUGGUCUAGGUACUACAAACCACUAUGCUGGUCUAGGGACUACAAACCCCGAUGCUGAUCCAGGUACUACAAACCACUAUGCUGGUCUAGGUACUACAAACCACUAUGCUGGUCUGGGGACUACAAACCCCGAUGCUGAUCCAGGUACUACAAACCACUAUGCUGGUCUAGGUACUACAAACCCUUAUCCUGGUCAAAGUACUACAAACCCCUAUCCUGGUCUAGGUACUACAAACCCCUCUGCUGGUCUAGGUACUACAAACCCCUAUGCUGGUCUAAUUACUACAAACCCUUAUACUGGUCUAGGUACUACAAACCACUAUGCUGAUCUGGGGACUACAAACCCCGAUGCUGAUCCAGGUACUACAAACCACUAUGCUGGUCUAGGUACUACAAACCACUAUGCUGGUCUGGGGACUACAAACCCAGAUGCUGAUCCAGGUACUACAAACCACUAUGCUGUUCUAGGUACUACAAACCCUUAUCCUGGUCAAAGUACUACAAACCCCUAUCCUGGUCUAGGUACUACAAACCCCGAUGCUGGUCUAGGUACUACAAACCCCUAUGCUGGUCUAAUUACUACAAACCCUUAUACUGGUCUAGGUACUACAAACCACUAUGCUGAUCUGGGGACUACAAACCCCGAUGCUGAUCCAGGUACUACAAACCGCUAUGCUGGUCUAGGUACUAAAAACCACUAUGCUGGUCUGGGUACUACAAACCCCGAUGCUGAUCCAGGUACUACAAACCACUAUGCUGGUCUAGGUACAACAAACGCCUAUGUUGGUCUAGGUACUACAAACCACUAUGCUGGUCUAGGUACUACAAACCCAUAUGCCAGUCUAGAUAUUAAAAAUCCCUAUACUGGUCUAGGCACUACAAACUCCCAUGAUGUUCUAGGCACUGAUCGUUCAUGUUGAGUACCACCAAAAUGCCAGGUAUAUUUCAAAGGCUUUUCAAAUACAGUUUUGGUUUUAUCUCCAUGAGGAUGCAUCUGUUAAAUAAAUGAUGGGUACACCAGGUUUAUGACCUGUGUCUGUAUAUUAGAUUGCCAGAAGCUACUAAUAAAAUGGCAGGUAAACAUACAGCAUUACUGAUUGCAGACGUCCGUUUAGGGAACAGAUACCUGAGAUGGAUUACCACAGGUGAGGACAGACACCUGUUGGGGAAUACUUUUUAGCGUCACCUCCCCCAACGCCUCAAGCGAACCUGCAUUUUUUUUUUAUUAUAUAUUAAUUUUCAGGUAAAGAUUUAUCGCUUCCUCUAUUCUGUACGGAUGAAUAAUCGGGCUAAUGAGCUCAAAGGAUAUCUUCGAUAUAUUGCUGACCACCUUAAUCUAUUCUGUACGAAUGAAUGAUCUGGCUAAUGAGCUCAAAUGAUAUCUUCGAGUACCAAUUACUGACCAUUUUCAUCUAUUCUGUACGAAUGAAUGAUCCGGCUACAGAGCUCAAAGAAAAUCUCUGGGUACCAAUGCAGAUUACCUUUAUCUAACAAUCCUGAAUCCUUCUUCAAUCGUGAACGUUUCUCCUCCGGGCUGAGAGAUGUUGGGUUAACUUCCUCGAUGUUCUCACGCCGUGGCUUAGCUAGAGUUAGUGUCACCCGGAGCAGACUACCCACUGUUCAUCCCCUUCUUACGCCACUGCUCACAUCCCAACCUCAUCCGGCAGUUCAGCUAGCAUAAUAUGUAGUCCGACUGAAGGGUCGCUUGACUACUGCUUUGGGUGAAAAGGGGCUGGUUUAUCCGAAGUGUUCAGUUUGUAGUCCAACAACACUGCAUUGUGUCACAGUAGCAUUCGCAAAGAUGCUGCUAUAGACUCAUGGUUUACCUAGCGGACGCAAAUAGAAGACUCUUUCCCUAAUGCGAGUGGAACGAUGCCCACCGCCAUGUCAUAUUUCAUCAAGCAGGACCCAAGCCAUAUUUGAUCAAGCAGGACCCAAGCCAUAUUUUAUCAAGCAGGACCCAAGCCAUAUUUGAUCAAGCAGGGCCCAAGCCAUAUUUUAUCAAGCAGGACCCAAGCCAUAUUUUAUCAAGCAGGACCCAAGCCAAAAAUUCAUCAAGCAGGACCCAAGCCAUAUUUCAUCAAGCGUGACCAAAGCCAUAAUAUUUCAUCAAGCGUGACCCAAAGCCAUAUUUUAUCAAGCGUGACCCAAAGCCAUAUUUCAUCAAGCAGGACCCAAGCCGCAGUCGAAAAACAAUUGGCAAAUGUUUGAAAGCGAAUGAGAUUUAGAGGCAAAGCUUGACCGUUGGAGCCAGAUGGCAGCUAUGAUUUCAAUUUCUACCAAUGAGCUACAUCGUCCAGUACAACUCUGUACAUGGGACAUCUCGCAGAAUGAUGAAUGGCACUAGGGUACAUAGACAGAGUAUGCUCGACCAUUUCAACUCUACACUCUACCUGGAUUAGUUUUUUAACUUUAUUUUCUGUCACAAUUCUUUUGCUGUCCUCUCAGAUACCACUUCUCAGCUAAGUGCUAUUUUUUGUUUAAAUUUAAUUCUGUUUUUUUUCUGUUGUUUGUUCGCUGACGAAGGCUUCCUGCCUACACGUUCGUUGUUUUGUUUUGCAUUCCUUUCUUUCAGGUUUGCCCAUACUUUGCUUUACUCAUUUCCUAUCUAAAUUUAUGAAUGGUUUACUCUGAUUACACGGUGCGGUGAUUUCUCUUAAGGUCUAUUUAGUUUGCUCUAAGAAAAACUUUCUACUAGUAAUUCUAGAUCAGUGGUCCCAAAAUGGCGGUCCGUGGACCUUCACUGGUCCGCAUGCUUAACGCUGCCGGUCCCCAAAACAUAAAUGUUUGUUGUCAAAUAGAAAUAAAAAUAUACAAAUAAAUCAUGCACCGGUCCCUGGUAAAAUUUCGAUACGUGUUCACCGGUCCGCCAAACUUAAAAGUUUGAGAACCACUGUUCUAGUUGAUCCAAUUAUGAUUCGUCGAUUAGCCACCUUGCUCUUGACGUAACCCUUCUUGGUAGACCAUCAAAGAUGCACUAUCUCUCUCUCUCUCUCUUUCUCUCUCUCUCUCUCUCUCUUUCUCUCUCUCUCUCUCUCUCUUUCUCUCUCUCUCUUUCUCCCUCUCUCUCUUUCUCUCUCUCUCUCUCUUUCUCUCUCCCUCUCUCUCUCUCUCUCUCUCUCUCUCUCUCUCUCUCUCUCUCUCUCUCUCUCUCUCUCUCUCUCUCUCUCUCUCUCUCUCUCUCUCUCUCUCUCUCUCUCUCUCUCUCUCUCUCUCUCUCUCUCUCUCACUGAAACGUCAUUGUAACCUUGGAUUUUGACACCAAAAACAUAAUGAACUUUUCACUCCGGUUCUCACAUCAUCCCUUUUCACACAACCUUCCCCGCAGGCUGUGUGGCCUGGUGAUUACAGGGAACGCGCGCGAUCUCUUACCUGGUCAAGUGGAACUGCUUCACUGCUCGCUUGGACGCCCAUCUUUUAAAUGUGCUCGUCUUCUUGGCUAGUUAGUUUUUUUUGGUUUUUUUUAGUUGCUUUUUGUUUUGUUUGUUUUUUUAUAAAUAAAAUAUAUUCAAUAUAUAGUCCUUGAAUAUGGCUAUGAUAAAGGACUUAUUUUGAAGUUUGUGAUUUCCAGGAAAUUGGGUCAGUCGAUACGUUAAUUUAAUGAAACCUAUCUUAACGACAUGAAGCAAUGCCAACGCCAUGACCAUAUGUUACUUUAUGACCCUUUGUGAACGAGCCAAAGCUAUGUCAACGAGAUAAAGCUGUUAGGCUAUGUUCACGAGAUCAAGCUAUGCAAACGAGGUGAAGCUAUGCUAACUAGUAGAUGAAGCUAUGUUAACGAGAUGGCGCUAUACAGAGCCAUCGCUUUUGUCCUUCAACCUCUGCAGCUGUAGGGGGUCUCGGAUAUUUCAGGGACCCGAAGAGCUGAUGUGAAAAUAAUUUUAACUAUCACUUUCGAAUGCUUAGGGCACAUAACAGAAAAGUGGCAGGUGGGGGGAGGGGGGCGUUAAAAGGCAAGUGAUGUCUGUGGCUCUAAAUAUGUGAAUGUUCACGCGGAGUCGGCUAUAGAUAAAUGCAUUCCUUCUUCUCUUUGGGUGAAUACGAUGCUCCGAUCAGUGUUGAUCUAUUGGUGCUUAAAUAAGAUGUUCAGAUCAGUGUUGAUCAAUUGGUGCUUAAAUAAGAUGUUGAGAUCAGUGUUGAUCAAUUGGUGCUUUAAAUAAGAUGUUGAGAUCAGUGUUGAUCAAUUGGUGCUUUAAAUAAGAUGUUGAGAUCAGUGUUGAUCAAUUGGUGCUUUAAAUAAGAUGUUCAGAUCAGUGUUGAUCAGUUGGUGCUUUAAAUAAGAUGUUGAGAUCAGUUUUGAUCAAUUUGUGCUUUGAAUAAGAUGUUCAGGUUAGUGUUGAUCCAUUGGUGUUUUGAAUAAGAUGUUCAGAUUAGUGUUGAUCCAUUGGUGCUUUGAAAAGAUGUUCAGAUCAAUUUUGAUACAUAGGUGCUUUGACUUUGAAUAAGAUGCUCAGAUCAGUUUGGAUCCAUUGGUGGUAUUGACUGAAAAUAAUUCUCAUCGUACAACUUUCAAUAAUUUCUUUUAAAAUCCAUCUUUUGUGUUCAAAUUUAUUGUGUAAUUAGAAAAAAAAAAUACUUUACACGUUCUAUUCAACCCGUGGCCCUCAAUUCGCAUGUAACCCGCGACUGGUUUGAAAUGAGCAGCCAGACCUUCUGACAUUUUUACCAUUUGUGUAAAAAAAAAAGGUAAACUUGUUCGAUUUAUUUAGGGGGGAAAAACGAUAUUCAGUAAUUCGGUAUUGUUUGGGAAAUUGCACGAGAGCACAUGAGAAAUUGUGGCAUUCUAAAAAAUAAAGGGUAUUGCCAAAGGAGAGAGAUGCUUGGCAGGUAGCAGCAAAUUUAUGUUAAGAGUGUCAGCAUAUAAAGAAUGUGGGAACAUGGGGGUUGAAAUGAAAUCUGAUACAUACUUCUCCUCCUUUCUGCUGCUUCCACAGACCUAAAAAGAGGUCGCAGGGGGGUCGUGGUACAGCUACUAACGGCGUGACUAAAGGAGAGAUGAAUUUAGAAACUUGACACGCGGCUACGUGGCUAUCUUAAAAAUGUUCAUGCGCACCAACCGAACUGGUUGAGAGGAAGUAGACAGGUGAGCACCACGUGUUAAAACGACUGGGCUUUACGGGGUGUUAAUGAUAAGACAGGAAUUAACAAGAUGAGAUGUGGGGGCACAAAAGUUUUCGCAAAUGACCGGAGGGGGAAUGUGAACCAGUUGACACGAAAUAGGAUUUCUGUCAAUGUGGUGGCCGUACGUACAUCCGUUAUUUACAAGACGAAACCAUACUAGAACCCGGUAUUGAUUGAGUAUGAUCAAAUCCAGGAUUAGAAAGUAGGAUCAAAGAUGAGUUUGUAGUCAUUGCGAUUCAGUCAUUGGGAAAUUCCGAGAGACAGUAUAAACGAUUUUUGAAAGCAUGUUUAUGCUUUACAAAAAUAAUAAAGCCAAAAUGGCAAGUAAAAAAAAAAAGAUGAAAUUCCCAGAAUAGAACCGUACGACUCUUCAUGGGAACUGGAAGGUUUCAUUUUUUAAUGAAAAGCCCGCGUGUUUGAUAUUGAAAAGCCAGCGUGUUUGAUAUUGAAAAGCCAGCGUGUUUGAUAUUGAAAAGCCAGCGUGUUUGAUAUUGAAAAGCCAGCGUGUUUGAUAUUGAAAAGCCAGCUUGUUUGAUAUGCCAGACGACUCUUUCUGUUAUGAAAAAGGACAAUCUUCAGAGACAACGCAAGUCAGUGCACGCAGAUUUUUCAGAAAAAUAAUCCACUCAGAACAAAGUUAAGAGAUGACAAAGUUAUUUCUUUACAAAAGAAUCGGAAUGGCAGGUGAAAUGUUUUCGUCGGAAUUCGAGUUCAAGUGACCGUCUUACUGAAACACCUUUUAUAUUAGCUGGAUAUUAGCUAAGACGCUAAAACGAUAUUUACAUGAUGAACCUGAUAAAUUUUGUUUUCAAGAAUGAGCAGAUUUAUUAUUUGCUGAAUUUAAACAGAAAAGAGAUUUUUUUUUAAAUCCAAUCUUCAGCUUUCUAUCCAGACUGUAGCAAGACGUGUUUAAAAAAAUGUGCGGGAAUAAUUUCAUAAGUUGCUUCAUGAUUUGAAAAAUGCUAACCGGUUUCAGUCUUGCAUUAGAUGAAUCACGUGAUAUAACUGACAUGGUCCAACGUAUUGUUUGAGUUUGAUUUGACAUGGAGCAUGCAUUUAAAAAAAAAAAAAAUUAUUGGCACUACUGCCAUUUAAAAAUACAUCCCGUAGUUAGGAUGGAUAUGUAGGGCACUGAAGGGAUUUCUGUUAAAGAAUAGUAUCGAUUUGAAGAAGCUUAUUUUGGUUACAACAACAGAUGGUGCUCCAGCAAAAGACGAGAAGGAGAGUUGGCCUGAUUGGUUCUGCUGGUGGCUGCACAACGAUUUUUUUCCAUACAUUCAAGUGUAUAAAUUCGUCCAUUUUACCAGCGAUCUCUUUGCUCAAAGCUGAAAGAUGAUACACUGCUAGUGAAAAUUUGUAAAUUUCAUUCACGCUAAUCCAUUAAAUCACCGGCAGUUUAAGACUUUGGUAGAAGAAUACGAAAGAAAUUUUUUGGAUUUCGUUUUUCAAGUCCGUUGGCUGAACAAAGGGAAAGUGCUGGCAAAAUUCUGAGAUCUAAUAGAAGAAGAUAAACUCUUUGUGAUGUCUAAGGACUAAAGAAAAGGGCGAUUUGUUAAACUUUAUGGAAAUGCAUGUAUUUAUUGUAGGCUAGCAUUUCUCACGGACAUAUCCUAUCUCCUUAAUAAAUUAAUUUUAAAAUUGCAGGGGUGUUUUCAAAUCUUACCAAAGUUGAUGGACAAAAAAUAGUGUUUUCAAAUCUAUGCAGGACUUCUUUAUUACUCAACCGAAACAAUCACAUUUUACUCACUUCACAGCCUUUGCAAAGGCUGCACAAUUGUAAGAAGUGUUAAUAAUUUGAAUAAUUUUCUUAAAAGAGAGACCCUCGGCUUCACGAGAAAACAAAUAUUUUGCCCCAGGAGUCAAAAAAGUUUGACCACACUGCUUUAGAAAGUAGUUCAACAGAAUAAAAAUACUAUGGUUUUGCUAUUCUUGCCCACCAGCAGUUUGUUUCUUUUUCGAUGGACCGGCGGUUUCAUUCUGUUUCUGUGGACCGGCAUUUUAUUAUAAGGCAACACUUCCAUUCUACCCUCCAGGGGUGUGCGGCUUGGUACUGGAGUAAAUUUGAUCAAGCCCCACCGCAAUGGAAAACUAACAACCCUAUUACACCACGGUCCCCGGUGUCCAUUCAUCGUCUCUGUCUGUCCGUGUGAUUGUAGCCCCCCACGGAUACGCUCCGGGGUUACACGGUACUAGGCGGGUCAGAUGUACGAGAAAGGACUAUAGUAGAGAGCACUGUUUUUUUUUGUUUUUUUUUAAAUUAUAUUUCUGAUCCAAAUAAAGAGCGCACAGUAUCAAGAUGCUCAGACGGCCAGUCCUUUUUCCACGCACUCAUCUUUCCAUUUUCUUUCAUCAUCCCGAACCUGCACUCAAAGGUGCUGAUAAAACAUUUAAGAAAAUGUGUGUGAUGUAAUUAUCGGGCUUUUAUUGUGAUAUCCGAAUCAUUUUGAAAAAAAAAAAAAACGCUUUGCUUUGCCACUACGGCUCUUUAAUUUUUCCUUAAUAGCUCGUACCGCAUAGAACUUUUAUCUAAAGCAGUGGUUCUCAAACUUUUUUGUCCACUGCACCCUUCAGGCCAUUAACACAUACCUCCCUUCACCUAGCCUUAACUCAUUGGUUGGCAAACGUAUUAGUGAAAAGCGCCAAAAAUCAGCAGCAGCGUGAUAAAAGAAAAUUUUGAGAUUCAAAUUUCUUGUCAAGAACCAUCUUUUUUUUUGGAGUCAAAACCGAUUUGUGGCCAACUGGCCUGGCCGCACUCAGGUCGUUAAAGAUGCUCAUGCGGCCCUCCAGCCGCGAUGAGCCGAAUACCGCCUUAACCAUUUCAAAUAAUGUUCAAAAUAGUAGUUUUGCACAGGCCUUGAAGGAAAAUUCUUAACUCAUAAAAUAGAAAGGCGCCACUUAUGUUUGAACAGUUUUACAAAAUAAAUUGGAUUAUCUUGACCCCACGACACCACGUCGAAAACUUUUAAAGUAAGAUAAUAAUGAAUCAAGAACUUUAUACAUGGCAUUUCGUUACAGUACCUAAGUUCUGUUCUCUGUUCAAAUGUUCUUCAUUGCUUUGGAUGGGCUUAGUGAAUUGAUCUCAGUUUUUUCAACGCCUGGCUGAAAGACUCUUAGUUCAGUAAUCUGUAGCGAAGUUGAACAGCAACACUUUCCAACCAAUGCGAUAUUGGGAAGGCAGCAAUAAAGCUUCUUAACCACUUUCCACGGUGCAGGAUAACGAUUGGAAAUGUCCUUUUGCAGCCAACACUCUUGGUAAUGGGGCCUGGACUUUGGAUUCAGCUCUAUAUCAUUUUAAAGCUGAAUUGAUUCUCUUCAACUGUCUCGGUAACCGAAAAUGGUUUCAUCAGUCAAUCUUGGAAUAUUAAUCAAAAGUAAAUGCAUUGUCUCUCAGAUAUAUCUUUAUUUAUGAAGCAUAUCCUAAUGAUCACAAAAUGCUUCAAGAUCAUUAUGUAAUAUCCUAUAGUUUUCUCUUCUACUUCGUUAUCUGGUAUCCCACCUUAUACUUCUAGUUCAUUAUCUGGUAUCCCACGUUUCUCAUCUAGUUCAUUAUCUGGCACCCCACCUUUCUCAUCUAGUUCAUUAUCUGGCACCCCACCUUUCUCAUCUAGUUCAUUAUCUGGCACCCCACCUUUCUCAUCUAGUUCAUUAUCUGGCACCCCAUCUUUCUCAUCUAGUUCAUUGUCUGGCACCCCACCUUUCUCAUCUAGUUCAUUAUCUGGCACCCCACCUUUCUCAUCUAGUUCAUUAAUAUAUGCGUGGAACCUGGAUUAACUCAAGACCACCUGUGCACUGAAGGGUGGGGCACUAACCUUAUCUAUGACACUGCUCACGGCGACACAUAUGGCGUUUGAACAGAAUUAAUUAAGAAACAGAUUUGUAGGCAUCAUUGGAUACGUUUUGAUAAGAUUAAUCUUUCAUUUGUACAUGUCAGAGCCUUACACUAUUUUACUCUUUGCUUCUGUGUGUAUGUGUGCGAGUGUGUGUGUGUAUGUGUGUGUGUAUGUGUGCGUGUGUGUGUGCGCUUGUUUGUGCGCGUGUUUGUGCGUGUGUGCAUGCGUGCGUGCUUGAGUGUGUACGUGUGUGUGUGUGUGUAUUUACAUUUGUAUAUUUCGAGGUCUAUAUUUUUUUUUACUUGCUGCAAGUUCAUACAGUUUUUAUUUCUCUAAAUUUGGUUUUGUAAUCUUUAAAGUUUUGGACAUUGAGAGCGCAGACUUCAAUGUUAUUUAACCUUUGAGGUGUUUGGGAGUGGGGGGGGGGGUUUGCACAUUUCUUGGCCCGCCCCUGGUGGCACUAAAACUAGCUAUGCAACUGCUUUAGGUAUACUAGUCACUUUGGCAUCUGCUUGUUGGUUUGUGCUGUCAUAAAUCCAUAACUAAAGAUAUUCCCAAAUGUACAAUUGUAUACAUUCUUUCUUUCUUUUUAUUUCUGAAUUUUUUUACCCUGAAGAUUUUGACAGAAUAGUUUUCAUUACCUUCUUGGGUUUUUAGAAAAAAACUUUCCUUUUGCCCUUUGCCUUCAUCGGUAUCACCACUUUGCUCAGGCUGAACAACACGUGCUGAAGUGUUCUUUCUAACUUAAGUUAAGCUCUCUAUUUUGUCACUUGCAGAUGUGUGUUUUGCUACAUUGUUUCAGCUUUUCUUUAACUUCUAAUCUUGCACAUAGCGACAGCUUUCCAGGCUCCUUUUGAUGCGUACAACGUGGGGUAUUUAAAAAAAAAAUCCUUUACCUAAACUUCACUUUUGUGUCUUGAGGGCAAAAUCUUCGGAUGUCUAAUUGACCCACUUUUCGUCAACCUAUUGAUAUGAAAUUUUGCAAUAGGAUGACAACCCAUUCUUUCAAAUUUACAGCUCUACCCCCAACACCAAACCCAAAAAUCAUUUUUUCAUGUUUCUCCGGGGAAGAUGAAGUAACUAAUAAUAUGAUCAAAUUUAUUUCAUGAAAUAAAAUUCCCGAUAACUGCUCUGAGUGAGAUCAUUUUAAAAAAUAUCGCAAGUGUGUUUGGUGCGUAGUACCUUCUUUUUUUUCUGAAAUAGUUGGUAAAAUCUGCAGUGUAAAAGAGUGUGGGUUAUUAGAACAUUAAUACAGUUCAGGGGUGUAAAAAGAUGUGCCUUUGGGUGGGGGGAGCACUAAUUGGGAUUCUUAAGAAGUGCGUUACUUGUAUGCAUGUUUUGUCAUUCAAACUCAUACAUUCCACUCCCUAAGGGCAGUUUUCAGAUAAGGGACGCUUUCUUUUGUACUAGCCGCAAUGUUGUCUACGACAUCUGUCAGAUGUCGUAUAUUAUUAUUAUUAAGGUGGUUUUAUAUAGCACAGUACCCCAGCCUAGGGUUAGGCUUACAACGCUUCAAAAAAAAAAUUGCAAUGACAGAAAAUUAUACAUUUAAAAACAACAAUGGGUAAAAACCUUUCCUCACCCACCCAUGUACUAUCUUCCCCGAUCUAGCCAUGGACAGCACCCAGCAGCAUCGACCGUUGUUUAUCAGUUAAAGGUGGUGAAAAUGAGUCGGUAUAGUACAGUUUGAAGAGAUGUAUCUUGAUGGCAGUUUUGAAGACUGGGACGGUCGGUACCUUGCGGGUGUUUAACUGGAUAGAAUUCCAUUGUUUUGGGGCACAGAAGGAACAAUAUCGUUCACCAUAUGUUUUAGUGUGUGUUCUGGGAACAGAAAGCGUAAGCAUGUCUGCGGAAGAACGAAGCUUUUGAAUGGGUGAAUAGAGAGAAAGAAAUUCAGUACGAUAGGAAGGGCAGGAAACAGAGACAAAGUUGUAACAGCUUGUAAUCAAUGCGUGCCUGUAUAGGGAGCCAGUGAAGUGAGUGAUGUAGCGGAAUGAUAUGAUCACGUUUCUUUGCCUUUAGAACCAGCCCAGCUGCUGAGUUUUGAACUUUCUGCAGUUUUUGUCUAUGAAAUAUUCUGGUGAACCUGACAGAAGAGAUUUACAAUAGUCAAGACGAGAGAGAACAAGAGCACAGACUAGUGUUCUUAAUGCGCUGACGGUGAGGUAGUAGCGGAUGGAGCUGAUCUGACGGAUAGCAGUGUACGCAGAGCGACAGAUGUGAGAGAUAUGAUCAUUGAGAGACAUGUUGUCAGAAAGAAUGUGACCAAGAUUCCUAGCAGAUGAUGUGAACUCUACAUUGGAGCUACCUACAUGAACUCUACAUUGGAGCUACCUACAUGAAACGAGAUGGGGAGAGAUGAGUUAGAGGAUGAUUUAUGCUUGUGAAUGAGGAGUGCUUCCGUUUUGUGAUCUUUCAGCUUCUACUUGCUGAAAGGUGUUGAUAGCGGAAUUGACAUAGAGGGAUGGGUAUGCUUGUAUAGCAGAUGCAUGUCAUCUGCGAAUGACUGGCUCUUAACAGCAUGCCUUUCGAGCAGCAGGAGGCGUGGCCUUUUAUACAAUGUGUAUAGGACGGGACGACGCCUCUCUGAAAGAUGUACUGAACACCUCCAUAACAUUAAGCAGGAUAAGCAGUGACCCGUCUUUAAACAUUUCAAUAGAAGCUAACACAAGGGUUCAGAGGAUUUUACUAUCAGCGCAAUCGUGUCCUGUACAAACACACCAAAUGGGUUGAAUUGGGAAAACAAGCUGACCCAGAAUUAUAGUAUCUUGACACCACAUGGCAUGAAUGUCAUGUUCUCGUUCACCUGUGAAACCUUUUCUCCGCCACCUCCUCAUUACGACAAAUGGCAAUGAACUUACUUUUCCUCUCUUCUGUCCCAUUUUUGCCAGUAUUUAAUCUCCAAGCCUUAAGUUCUGUCAUCUUCCCUCCGCUGGCGUCUCGGAUACGACAUUACGGCUAAGUGUCAUUUUUAUGUAAUGUUGUUUUUACUGUUGUUUGUUCGCUGAUCAAGACCUCAUACGUUCAUUAUAUUUUUGCUUCCCUUUUUUAAGUUUUUUCCAUUCUUUGCUUCACCCAUUUCCUUACAAGAUUUAUUAGCUGCACUGAUUUUUCCGACAUAUUGUUUUCACAGUUGCUUUCUGGGGUGACAUAGCCUUGAGAGAUGAUGAAUAUAUGGUGACUAAACAGAUGCUCAAAGAUGAGAUGCUCAACAAUAAUGACAGCAGAUCUCUCUUUGAACUACAAGUUGAGGAUCCUGGCAUACACAGGUAGGUGACCCUGCACUGUUUUGCCUCUAUUUCAAUUAAACCGAGGUCAAUUGUUGGGGAAACAGGCAUGAGAACUCGUUAAAUUUUCCCGCAACAGGAAAUACAUAAAUAUUGAGUUGUUUUUUUUCCUUAUCAAAUACGGUGUAGAAAUUAUUUUAAAUCGUCGGUUUACACGUGUAUUUUAAUAUGUAUAAGACGAAUAACAGAACACAGAUUAAAAUAAGACGAAUAAGAGAACACAGAUUAAAAUAAGAUUGCCUACCAAUAAAAUAAGAUUGCCUACCAAUAAAAUAAGAUUGUCUACCAAUAAAAUAAGAUUGCCUACCAAUAAAAUAAGAUUGCCUACCAAUAAAAUAAGAUUUCCUACCAAUAAAAUAAGAUUGCCUACCAAUAAAAUAAGCACCACAUGGGUGGUGAUACAAAAUUGGUCGGAUUGCUAAAUUGUUAAUUACUGAAGACACCACAGUACAUACAAUUUUUAUAAAACCUGAAAAUUUAGGGGGGGGGGGGUGGUGCCCCACCCUGCCCUACUCAAAUGACGCCCUGCCUUCAUACCAGUACCCCAAGGGACAGUCCUGUAGUACUGUACUAUUAAUGAGAACUUGGGAACGGUAAACGAGUAAACGAGUAAGAGAGCUCAAAUAACGGCAAAAAUAAGUUAACCUGUUUGCCUACUCAUAAAAUAAACAAUAAGCCAGCCAGCCACAAAUAAAAGCGAACUUACUAUAAAGCAUUAAAAAUUACCCAAACCAAUUCCUUUGAUUUUCUGUUUAUCUUAAAACCGCCUAAACAGAUCAACCUUAUUCCUCUAGUAAUCUUGUCUCACUUGAGUGCAAUAUAAUUACCAUUUAUGCUUGACUUAUGUUUCAUUUGUUCAACAUUGACACCUAUAAGACAUACAAUAUACACACUAUCCAAGAAAAUAAAAAAAAAUGUAAUAAUAAUUCUGUCCGACUGAGGGAUUGCCGCAAAACGAGAGGCCUAAUGGAGAUUAAUAUUGUAUAUUUUGAGGCUGCCCGUAACACCGUCAAUCCGCUGGCAGCGUGGUUUUCUUCUGGCUGUAAUAGCAGAGAGUCUGGUUUUGUAAACUUGCGAUGCAGGUUGGUUGACAGGCCUUCUAACCAGUUGGACAGACUAAUUGAUUAGUUGUUUGGCCAUGUACUGGCUGAUUGGCCAUGUACUGGCUGAUUGGGACGGCAUCAAUCACGUAUCGUAUUUUCCUCGUUCCGCAUGUGGUUCUUCUUGUUUUACAAGCUGCUCGCCGGAAACAUCUCGCAUGUGCAUAUUUAACUAUCGAGACUUUUAUUCUGCCCCCAGUUUUGACAAUGUUAAGUAAAGUUUGGAAUAAAGACAGUCUCUAUUAGCCUGGGUUUGUUCUCCAAGUUUACUUGCUGGUGUCUUAGAAGCGGAGCGAUUUGGUAGCUGACUGCAUUUGCCCGGUGCACUCUUGCCUCUUUCUCUGUAGCUCUUUUGCCAUUCUCGGGGGAAAAUACUUCCUAGUUAUGACGGAGCAGUUGACCACGCUUGCUAAAUCAAUUUUUGGUGGGUACGGCCUGCUGUAUUGACCUCUGUCUUACUAUUAGCUUUGCUUAUUUUCAUACCAUAAAGUUCGCAUAUAAUUUUCAGGAUAUCAGCAUGAAAAUAAUUCGAAUGUUUAAAAAAUAAUUUAUGAUUAACAAAGAACAGCUUGUAUUGUCAUUUUCAGGACAUAAAUAUAACUGAUGGAGUGGUAGCCAAAUUACGGUUUGUAUUAAUAACUCAGGAAAGAAAAGACCCACUUAAUUAUUAUGGCUCCAAGAUGCCCCUUUAAAAGAUGACAGCCAAGGAUCUUCAAACGCUUGUCAUCUUUUUUGUUUACUUGUAUUCGCGAGGUCCUGUACAUCAGACAAACUAAGAACAGGGGAGACAAUACCAAGUUUUUGUUUUCACCAUUAAAAGAAAUGAUAAUGUCGAAUGCAACGCAUUAUUCAUACAUAAUUGAACGAAGAAAGGGUCUGGACCUACUGCUUUUUUUAUUUAUAUUAAACCCACUUUCCUCUUGCUGUCCUCUCGGAUACUACAUUACAGCUAAUUGUUAUUUUCUAAAUUAAAAUCUUUUUCUUCUUCUAUAUCUUAAGGGCCCACUAUCAAUUUAAUGAUAAUUUUGGCUCCUAUGCAUGUAGAUGGGCUUUGAAAUGUUUCUGUGCCUGGUGUUGAUGAGGAAAUUUCAAUGAUUUCCAGUGCCACUUUGUGAGGGGAAUCAUGCACUAGGGGUUUGAAGGCUUUCAUUUCAAAUGUGUCUAGUGUUGUCGCCUCAACCGUUCCUUUUGAAAGCUUGUUCCAGUCCCUGAUUGUCUUGGGCAGGAAUUAGCAGCUCCUAUACUGGCCUCUUGCUGGUGUGAGCCUGAAUUGCCUGUCAUGGCCUCGUCGCUGUCUAUGGGGGAGAAGGACUAGUUUCUGUUUAAGACUGGAACAGUGGACCAGCCCAUUAUUUAUCUUGUACAUCAUGGAGAGCCUGGAUUGUCGUCGUCGUUCCUCCAAUGGUCACCAGCCUAGUGUUUCCAGCAUGCUGCCAACACUAGAGGUAUUCCUGUAGCGGUUUAGGACAAAGCGUGCUGCUCGUCGCUGGACCGCCUCCAACCUGUCAAUGCUCUUCUGGGUAAAUGGGUCCCAGACUCAAGAUGCAUAAUCUAAAACCGGACGGACAAAGGCUUUAUAUGCUCUUUCUGUUGUCACUAUAAAAUGAGUAAAACAGAGUAGGGUUAAACCUGAAACCUAUAAAUAAGAGAAAAAACCGGGUUGAAAUUACUCGUAAAGCCUUUAGGGACAAUGCGGAGACGUAUGAAGUUGUGAAGGAAAUUGAGAUGUACAUUGUACCUAGUUUUCUUAAAAAGAGUGAAUGCAAGUUCCUUACAGUCUGUGGCUAGGUUCGGUGGAAGUAAGCAAAAGACAGUUAAGAUAAAGGAACGAAGUUGAUUCAUUGUGGUUUUGAAGGAAGGCAUAAUGGAGUAGUGACGGACCAGGGGAAAGGGGAUGUCGCUAAAGCGGAAAAAGUCAGAAGAGUAAUGUAAGAAUGAGAGAAAGUUGAUGAGAGAGAGAUAUCAGAAGGGACGUGCCAAGAGCCUAAAAGGAAAAACGUAAGAAGAAACAAAAGUAAAUAAAAAAUAAUGGGACGGAAACAAACAAGAAGUAGCAGUCAGGUAGAUAAAAAAGGGGUAAUAAGGGGAGAGACUGCAAUCAGGUUAUUACAAAAUAAAAUGAGUAAAAACCUGAUUGCAGUCUCUCCCCUUAUUACCCCUUCUGUUGUCACUGUUGUUUGUUCGAAGGCUUCUUGCCGACAGUUUUGUUUUUUGUUGUUUUUUUGUUGUUUUUUGUUGUUGUUGUUUUAUUUUCUUAAAGGUUUUCCCAUACUUCGUUUCGCCCCUUUCCAUUUUUAUCACAUGAUUGCCGUCUCUCCCCCUUAUUACACAUUAGACAUUAGCUACUUGGUUGAAAAACGUUUAAAUAACUAUUCUUCUUUGGUGUGCAUCGUUCACAAAAUUAAUAUGCCUCAUAUUCAAAUGAAAAUGCUGUGGAAAAAAAAAAAACAGCAUAUCGUAGAAUUUAGAACAGAGGUUCCCAAAAGGGGUCUAUAUUGAUCCCCAGGGGUCGACGACAACUUGCAAGGGGUCCAUGUCAACGAAAAAAAAAAUCAAUAUCAGAUAAGCAGGGGGUCUACCCAAAACCGAAAAAACAUGGCAAGUGGUCUACGAGACAAAAAAUUUUGGGGACCUCUGAUUUAGAAUGACAAUGAACGCAAGUGACGUCGUGUCUUAAAUCUAUUCUCCUAAUGAAUUUUACCGUUUAGCCAUACAUGAUUCUCCCGACCUCCUCACCCACCCCCUUUCCGAUCUGACCCCCAAGGCCCCUUUUGAACCUGUUUACAAAUUGGAACAAAAUAGUUUGCGUUGUGUUGUGAUAUCAACUUCUAUGAUAUCAAAUUUGACGUUCUAGUACAAUGGAAAAUGACGUAAUUUGGUAGUGAAGAAAAUCAUGAAACCUCCCUAGCAGGGGCCUCGGGGGGGAGGGGGGGGGGUUGGGGUGGGGUAAAAAUAGUUUCCAAAUUUUCUAGGGAUAUUGAUUGUAUCAGCCUCACUAUUGUCAAUUUCAAGGUUAAUUGUAAGUUGUCCAUUAAUUCCGGUCUCUUUUGUCGAAAAAUCUUGCUUUUAUAGUAGGGAUAGGGAUACAGGAUAGGGGAGAGAAGACAACCUUUAAGCGAGCCGGUACUUAUUUCUCUAGCAAAUGAUAUUUGGUUAUUCUCCUUGAUGUAUUGUGGGCGAUUUGUUAAAAAAGUCAAGUAUCCACAUUUGAAUGUUGUAAUCUUUCAUCACAGCCAGUGGCAUAACUAGGGAUGGUGUCACCCAUUGACACCCCUAUUCUGAUAGCCCUCUGUUCUGGUGACACCAUGUUCUGGGUGAAAUCUCACUCUUGGCCCACCAGAUCUAGUAUUUAGCUACAAUCUGUCGUGAAACCGACUGAAGCGAGCUCUAUCAAAUUUUCAAUUUUCCAUUUGGUGUGACACCCUGUGAGGGUGUUAGCCGGUACAAACCCUAGUAUUGCUACUGCAUUCAGCGUCUUCCUUUUGCACUUCACUGAGUUUCUAUUAGCCACCUGACACCUAGUUUGACUAGUAACCGAAAUGUUGUUAAACCGAAAAACCGUUGGUUCAAGGGGGAAAUUACAAUAUGAUGAACAAACGCUAUAUAGUUCCAUAAUUGGUAACAAUUCACAGUACAGUACAGAAGCUGAUGGUACGUCCGCCGACAAAUUCGUCAUGUUGGUUGUUUUUUUAUAUGGUAUAAUUUGUUUAAAGGUUUUUGUUUUGAGGAAAAAAGACAAUAUUUGACUUAUAAAAUCCUUUUGAUAAUUAACUACAUUGGUUAUUUAUAUUUUAAAAGUUUCCAUUUGCAAUGAACUUAUAAUGCCCAAAUAUGAGAUCCCCUAAAAUCUCUUAAACUGGAAGUGCUUUCUAUAUCGAUGACCCUAAAAAUAAAUAAUCUUUUAUCAUGUUUCUCUGUUUGAUUACAGUGGCGAUGUCAAGUUUUACAAAACCAGAAAGGAACAAAAAAAACAAUUACAAAGUGACAGAAAUUACCUGAGAAAAGUAUUAAGACAAAAAAUAAUAGACUUAAAAACUCCAUGUGAACUGAAGUAAGUAGACAUAAUCUAAUCAUGGAUACUGCGUACUUAAACUUCAUGAAUAAAUAUAUUUAUAAAAUAUAAUGAAUGCCAAUGAAUGGUUUACAAUGUUAUGCAGGUGUUGAAGCCUGAAACUGAAGCUAAUUAUAAUUAAUGAAAUAUGAGCAUAUAAAUUGUUUCAUAAUAAUGUUUCAUCAACAGUUGUUAUCAAUCCAUAGGCUUGAGUGUGAACAGGAUGGAAAUAGAAAAUAAUCUGAGAAUAUAACUUUUUAUAAAUUCAAUAUUAUAAUUUUGUCCAUGAUAUUGCAAGUUAAGGUCAGGAAUCAGACAUAGAAAAAAAUGCUUUUAAAAUUUGUAAAAUCUUUUACUGUUGUUUCCCAAAUCAUAAAUUCAGGGGAAGCCUCAUAUUAUGUUUAAAGCCUUAAAACAAGAUAUCAUAUCUACUACUGCUUUUAACUCAUAUUAGUCAUAUUGAUUUCAACCAUCAUAUUCUUUUCAGGCCCAAAAAGCAAUGCAGAGAGUAUAAAAACACAUUAAGAGAGGAGAUUAAAAAGGCGAGAACUAAAUGGAGGGAGAUCAAAUUAAAGUUGAGAAUUCUUCGAUAUCAUGAUCGCGACAACAAGAAUUCGACAAAAAAUAGUUUUGUGACUGUAAAGCCAACUUCAAACAGAGCUGAAAAGACUACCUAUGAACAGAAAACUAAGGUUAUCUUUUUUUUUUAAAAAGACUUAUACUUAUGUGAUUAUAUAUAGGCCCUAUUCUGCCACUUUCGAGCUCCCCCACAGAGCCUACUCCCCAGUCUACUCAAUUGUUUUUAUUUUUAGAUUUGUACAUUUUCUGUUCUCUUUCCUAUUCCUAUAUAAACUGAAAUGUGUCAGUAGGCAAUUUUCUCAAUUUUAAAACAAAAUUUUCCCACAAAAAUCAGGUCAUUAUAAAAAAGAUGUCUUGAUUUGAUAUGAUUUUUUUUUUAAAUUGUAUAAUUAAAAUUGGUACUUUACUGUUUUGCUUUUUAACAAACAUUUUUUCAAUGGACAGAAAGUUUUGCUUUAAAUUGUGCAUAAGAAGAUAACUCUACAGAAAGGCAGGUUCAAAACACAAUAAGCUGCUAAUCAACUGAUGCAGAGGGGUUUGGUUGUAAUAGGAAUUUUUGUAGUAGGCUGUGGUGCAGUUGGUUGGGAAAGGUCUCAAUAGAAGCCAAUAUAUGGUAAGAGUCAGGACAGUCAUCAAAAUUACUUUGUCAUGUCAUAUGUUCACUUAAAUAAAAAUUUGAAGAAUUCUCUCAACAAAUUAAAUGUUCUAACUUAUAUAGGCCAACAACAACAAAACAAAAAACUUCAACAUUUUAGCAAUGAGGAUGUUAUAUUUAAUUUUCUUCUAAUACAUGGAGGAGGAAACUGAUUUGUAUUCAUGGCACCUUUUUUUUUUUUUUUUUGCUCCUGAAAUAAAUUUGUGGAGCUUAAAAAAAUCACUAGCAGACCUCAAUUUUAAAACUUUUAAGGUACAGAAAAUAGCUUUUAGUUUAUACGAUAAAGUUAAUUUUUAUUUUUUUUUUUUUUUUUUUUUGCUCCUGAAAUAAAUUUGUGGAGCUUAAAAAAAUCACUAGCAGACCUCAAUUUUAAAACUUGUAAGGUACAGAAAAUAGCUUUUAGUUUAUACGAUAAAGCUAAUUUUUCAUUAAGAACGAGCAAGUUGAGAAGCUUUCAGUUUUCUAAAAAUCCAUCUCAUCAGAAAAUGGCACCUUAUCAUCAUGAAAAAGACAUUAACAGCACACAAAGAUAUUGGAGUAAAAAGCGGAGAGAUCAAUCUAAGACUCAAGCACAUAGAGAAAGAAGGGCUGCAACUGCAAGUAAAGACAGACUUUGGGAUUAUGGUGUCAUACCUUUUAUGAUAGAGGCCAAUUUUUCAGGUAACAUGAUCCAAAUGUUUUAUCAAACUCUUUAUUCAUACUUUCAUUGACUUGUUUUGAAGAGCAGUUCUUAUAAGUUAUAAAAAAUGUUUUGAUCAGGAAAGGAUAUUUAAACUGCUUAUGUAUAUGUUCAAGCAAAGUUAUCAUUUUGAAAUGCUACCUUUUGUUAAGAUUUUUGGUAUAAAAUGUGUUUGUUUUAUAUGAUAUCAGGUGCCAACAAAGUUCUUUUUAAGCAGGCAAUGAGGCACUGGGAAAACUAUACAUGCAUCACAUUUAAAGAAAAGGAGCCAGAAGAUCAGCAUUAUAUACUUUUUACAGAGAGGUCAUGUGGGUAAGUUCUAGUUCUAAUCUUUAAUUUAAAGUAGUCAGAACUAAGGUUGCUACUGUAAGAAAGAUAAUUUACAUUACAAACAUCAAUACAUCAAGUUCAUUAAAUGUGCUUCUAUAUAUAUCAGCCAGAAUAUCCAUUUAUUCCUUGUUUAUCUGUAUCUUUCAUUUUUAAAUUUAAUUCCUCUUUAUUUAUUUAAAAUUCUUUCUUUCUUGCUGUUAAACUAUCUAAAUGACUUUUCUUUCUAGCCUUUAUAUGAAGGAGGCAAAUAAAGAUAUUGCAAAAAAAACAUUGUGAUUUAACAAUGCUGCCUUUCUCAAAUGUGCAAAACUAUGGAAAUGCAUUUUAACAUCUUUUAUGUUUUUUAAACCUAAAACUCUUUAUCAUUUUUAAUAUGUUACAAUGAUAACAUAAAAACACACUAUUUAAAACUAGAUGCUGUUCAUUUGUUGGAAAGAGGGGAAAUGGUGCUCAAGCCAUCUCCAUUGGCAAGAACUGUGACAAGUUUGGCAUUGUUGUGCAUGAACUGGGGCAUGUCAUUGGAUUCUGGCAUGAACACACUAGACCGGACAGAGAUCACCAUGUGCAAAUCAUUUACAAAAAUAUUAUGCCAGGUAAAUCACAAAGUUUAGAAAAAAGAAGAAAAAAAAAUUGCAAAGGGACAAGUGAAGUCAUGCCGCAUAAAUUAUGACAUGAUAAUUUGGUUUCAUUGAAAUAUCAGAAGGUUUGUAUUGAAAAUUUUUCCAUGUUGGCAGUAUUUUUGUUGUUGUCAAUAUUAUUUUUGAUUUACUAUUCAUAUUAAACCAUUAAGGGAUGAACAUAUUGUCAACAAGAUUAAACACAUUUUUCAUAGUUCAAUAGAAAUACAAAAGUGUAACAAAAAUCACACUUCACUUUUCCAACACAAUGAAUAUAUUUAAAUCAUUCUCAAUUACACAGAAACAAAUAACAUCUAUAUAAAAUCGUGUGAUUGAAGAGGUCUGUUCGGCUUCCAUAUACGCAUCACUUAUGGGAUAGGAAAUUCCCUGAUCAAAAAGCAUGUACCAACGUAUGGUAAGCCGAUUGGAUAAUUAUUUUGCUUUUUGCCUUCUUUGACAGCAAUUUAAUUAUUAAUUAUUAUAAUGGUGUCAAUAUUUAAGAAUAAUUUUUCCAGGGUAAAAUAUCCAAAAAUGUUUAAAAAACCAUAUGUAAUAUUUUUUUUUAAAAUUACCUUUUUAAAUGGAUUGAUCAAGAAACAAGUUAUCUAUUCCAAUUUUAAAAAUUAUCUUCAAGAUUAAUACAAUGAAAUAAAUGGGACAUCCAUGCAAUCAGUGUACAAAAUAUCCCUUUUUUUCAUAAAGCUCAAUCCAAUUUGACCCCCUGGUUAAUAAUUUUUUAUUUUUUUUUCCAAUUUAAGAAAGCAUUAUUAAAUUCAUUUUAAAUCUUUUGCCAAAUACACAUUUUUAGACCACCCUUCCCUCCAAACAUUUAUAGAUUUAUACAAAAUUUCAACAUCAGAUGAAACCACUGUCAACUAUUAGAUCUCCACCUAUUAAGGGCUUAAAAUUUAAUGUUACAUAAAUAUAUCAUUUAUAAAAAGCUUCAACAAUUAGGUUGUAUUCAUAAAUGAAGUCAUGCUAGAUUGGCAGAUUCUUAACACCACCCCCCCACACCCCGUCCAUUGUCACAAGUUAUCAUGCAGCAUCACAAAUAGGUGACCCCCCCACCACCGAAGAUGUUUGAUAUCAUUUUUGGUUGGCCCUUAGGCCAAUUUAAUUUUUUAAAUUUUUAUUAUAAAAAUUCACAUUAAAUUUACCCUUUGCUUCCACCCAAAUACAUAAGGAUGAACUUGAAAAAAUAUAUUCUGUUUUAUUUAGUUUAUAUUUUUUACAUGUGAUCACGACUCAAAUCAUUUAUUCUUCUUUUGAUUUAUUCUAAUUUUUUCUUUCUUAAAUUCAACUGCUUGUAAAUUAGAAAACAUCAAUAAUAAUGACAAAAUUAUUUUUAUAGACAUAGAAAAUGCCAUCACAUCAAUGAGCACUUUUAAAUUCACACAAUUGAACAUAUUGGAAGGGAAUGGACCUUUAAACAAAACUCAAAUUCAUAUAGGUAGAUAGUCUACAAUACAAGAUCAUCUUAGUCUAUCACCUUGAGUAACACAAUAUUUUCAGAUAUAUCAAAUUUAAAAAAAAUCAUUUGAUUGUUGAAAUAAUAGAAUAAAGUAUAUAUUUUGUGUAAAAAUAUUAAAUAAACAUUAAAAAUAUAUUUCCUUUCUUGAAAAUUCAAAAGUUUAUGAAAUGUUCCUUUGGGAUUUUCAACAUUUUAUAUUCACUGCGUUUCAAGUCUCAAGAACACAUUUCUUUAUAAAUGUUAAAUUUUUUAAGGAUCUAAAAAAAUAUAUAUUUAUUUAAAUUUUUAAAAUUUAUUAAUUUCUUGCUCUAUAUCUUUAACUUUCACCCUUUUUUUUAAUGUUGUCUACAAUAUUCUACAUUGUCUGAAAGAGGUCAGAAGACUGGAUCUCACACCAUUAAAAAUAAAUUAUUUAUUUACACACAUAGGCCUACCUAACUUGAGGCAUGCAAAAUACUUUAAACUUAUAUACAAUAAAUUCAUUGUGAAAUAAUAUAUAUAAUAUACAUAGUGAGAGAUUGAGAGCAUGCUGAUACGGGGUAGAAAGUUAGACGGAACAAGAAGUAGAUAUAUUUACUUAAUAGAAAGUAACAGGGAAUCCAACUGCUGGCAUUACAAACUAGUCAUAAAAUGUCAACAUACACUUUAAUUUUGGGCCACAAUGUUGGCUUUGGGGUGGCCAGGACAACAAGCAGGUCAUUUGUAUGGCACAGCAGAACAGAUGGAUAUUGCUGACAGCAACUUUGCAGAGGCUAUAAGAGAUGGAUUUAGCUGUGCCUCUCCCUGCAUGAGGAUAAAUAAUUUCAAACAAACAAUUGCAGCAAAUGAUUUUAAUGAUUUUAUUUCAUGGACUAAUAAACUUAAGAGCAGUGGAUGCUUAAAAAUAAUUGAAUCCUCUUAAUUCAUUAUAAAUGUGUUUUGUUUAAUAAAGGGGCGUGCAUUAAGAAUCAUAUAUCAAAUAGCAUUAUCAACUGAUCAAGAAUAUAAAUAAAGCGCCUAAAAUCUGUUGCCCUUUUUAUUGAUACAUUUUGCGAUUCUCUUAAUUUGAGGUAGUUAUCAGUAGCACCUGUCCUCGUUAAAUUUUCACUGAUGUAGGGUGCUUCCAAAAACAUGGUCAAAAUUUUGUUAAAAAAUUUCCAUAGUUGUGGAAAUUCAUGACGUCAUCCAGAAUUUAUUUGGCCAUGUAUUCUUUUGUCUGUUUUUAUUUUUAAAAAAUUAUUUCAAGAAUGUGUCUACUGUGUCUCUCAAUUCCUCCCUGAUUAAUUACAUUAACUGCAAACAAUCACAACAAGUAACCUGCUGUCAACUCUUUGAACGUUGCAUACUGUGAUCUCUGAAUACCAGGUAGUUGUCCCCCAACAUUAUAAAAUGCAGGAUGGUCACACACUCUCCCAUACCUUGCUGGUCUAUCUAUUUAAAUAAUUACGUGCCAUAAACAGUUCACACUGUCCACUAUAGUCAUUCUAUUAUGACACAUUUAGUACCCCAGCUCCCAUCUCAAUUACUCUGACCUGAAGACUUUUCUGGCAGUAGUUAACAUGCUACGCUCACCUAUCUAUUUCACCUAACUUGGUCCUGUUGGGGUGGGGGGGCAUGAAAUUAUUAAAAUGAUCAAAAAGCUACACAUCAAAUUACUUAUGGUUUCUCUAUUCAUCUUCCCCAAUGCCGUAAGUAAUUAUACCCGAUACCCCAUGAUGCCUCCCAUGUACAAAACAGAAAGAAGGAGAAGAUAGUAUCCAAUUUAGUCAACCAAGUUCUCAAAUAGUUGCUUUUCUGAUGGGCUUAACAUAAAUUAAUGCUUCCUGUCAAACCAUUUGACCCUUUAGCUUUCGUGACCUCCCCCUUUUACAUGUUAAAACUUCUCAUGUGCUCUCGUGUCAUUUCCCAACAAUACUAAAUCAAAUAAUGUACUUUGAAACUGUUAUCAACCUUAAAUCCUUUAAUUUUUACACACAUCAUAAGAAUUUCUCCAGCUAUGGUGACCAGUUAAAAUCAGCUCAUGGGCAGCAUGCAACCCGUGGGCUGUGGGGUUGGACAGCACUGGCCUAGAGGGUACAAAACAUUUAGAGAUUUAAAUUAUUAGAAAUCCAAAAUGGGACCAAAAAACCUGUUAAUAUGCAGGGGUAUAAUUGAUUAAGAUGAAAGUCUAUACAUAGCAUAUGCACUAGAGCUACAACACUCACAGAACUAAACAAAUAAAAGUUUCAAUAGUUUUACAUAGAUUUAUUGUUAAUUUUUUCCUCUGCAGGUCAAGAAUACAACUUCAAUAAACUGACAAGUGCAGAUGUUAACUCCUUAGGGGAGACUUAUGAUUUUGGGAGGUAUUUUUUAAAAUAAUAAAUAUACCUCUUAUGUUCACAGCAGUAUUCUUUUUUAAAACUUGAAAUUAAAAAAAAAAAGAUUUAAUGUAGACCUAUAUACUUUCAUGUCAAGGUAUAUUAAUUUAUUUUUAAUAACUAAAUUCUAUCCCCACAAAAUUUUGUGACUCAUGAAAAAUCAGUAAGGUCCCUCUGUUAGUAACUAACAUGGAUACAAUUAAGAAAUAAAUGUUAUUUUGAGAGGUAAAUGCUAAUUAUAACAAAAUCUGAAUGAUUAUUUCACUGUUACUAUAUUUUUAAAAAAAAUGAUUUCUACUUCUUUUAUGGGAUGAUUAAGACCAGUGAAGAGAUUUUAAUGAUUUGAUUUUAUGGACUAAUAAACUUAAUUUCUAGAGAUUCUUUUGGACAAAUCAAAAUCACACUUUUAAUGUAAUGAAGCUAGGUAGUCAUAGCAAGUAUUUUAUUAUUUUAAAGUGUUUUUUUUCUGCUGGGGAUUAUUAAUUAAUUACACAUAUAUCUACAGUAUCAUGCAUUAUGCACGAAAUACUUUUGCCCGGAACACUUACCUAGACACCAUCCUGCCACAGAGAAAACCAGGAGUUGUUGUGAGGCCAGAGAUUGGACAGCGUGUUAGACUUAGCCCUGGAGACAUUAGGCAAGCCAACAAGCUCUAUAGAUGUCCGAGUAAGUAAAUUGUCAAUGUAAUUUUUCAUGUUUAACUUUUCAGAGACUCCAAAGAAAUGUUACAAGUAGUUACAAAUUUAUCAAUUUAUUGGGGUCUUUAUAAUGAGAAUCAUUAAAAAACAACAAUUGAUUAUUAAUAACACCAUUUUUUUUUAAAGCUAAAAAACACUAUUGUUUAUCCAAAUAUUUUGUUUGGAAACAAAAUAUUCUAAUGUGUCUUUGACUUUACACUAGCAAAGUACUGGCCAUUGUGUUUUGAACUUUUCCAAUACAAAAUAAAUCAGUAUAUAUAUUUGAUUUGAGACAUAUCUAUAAGAGUUAUUGGUGAAAUUACAUUUAUUGGUCGAUGAAACUAGUAUGAGUAUACACAUGCUGUUGUCGAGGGCUUUUAAUUAUAGAUAAAAAAACAACAUCAUAUCAAAGAAUUCUCUUUCAUAUGUACAUAUAUGUAAUUGAAAAGAAGUCUACAACCAAUUUCAUAAGAAUGAAACAAACCUAUUUAUUAAAAUUAAAUUUACAAGAAUUCAUAGAAAUCAAAACCUUUCAAGCAUGAAAAGUCAAAGUUUGCUGGAAUGGGAUAUAUCAAACUUUACCUAUAAAUUUGAAAGCUUGGUUCUAAUGAUCAUGGAUUAUUGGCCUCUCAUAAUAACCUGACAUUUAUCAUCAUUACAUAUUGUUUUGUUGUAGAUAGAUAUGUUCUGAUCUGUUACAAGACAAAAAUGGAGUCUCCUCUCCUUGCCUUCAAAGGUUUGAGGGAGGGGGUGGGGAGAGGAUGUGGACUUCACUGCUGUACAUUGUGGAAUGAACUUUCCAGCUGGAUGUUGUGGAAUGAGCUUUCCAUCUGUAUGUUGUAGAAUGAACUUUUCAGCUGUGCGUUGUGGAAUGAACUUUCCAUCUGUACGUUGUGGGAUUCAUAUAUAUAUAUAUAUAUAUAUAUAUAUGUAUGGCAUCUUUCCGUCUGCGGGAGACGAUAGAUUAUCUUUAUUGCUUGCAGCUCUUGGUGUGGCUGGUGAGACCAAUCCUCGAAUGGCAGUCUCUGUUACAUUUCCCACACACAAAUGCGUUGGAGCAGUAUUUACCGGCCUUCCUCCUUGCUCUUUUGCAGCUGUUUCCGCCCUGUUUUGAUCCAUCUGUAUGUUGUAGAAUGAACUUUUCAGCUGUGCGUUGUGGAAUGAACUUUCCAUCUGUACGUUGUGGAAGUCAUAUAUAUAUAUAUAUAUGUAUAUAUAUAUAUAUAUAUUUAUAUAAGAAUAUAUAUACUAGGCAAAACACAUUGAUCAUACUUAUUAAUUUUUUUUGUAAGGUGGAUCAGAGAUUGACAUGACUAAUGCAAUAUAAUCUAAAGUUAUAGUAUUAAAACGUAUUAAAAUAAAACAGUAACAUUAAUGGCUCAAAACUCAACAGGUUAAUUUGCCAGCUGAUCUUCUCUCAUGAAGGAUUCACAAGUAGUACAAUGUGUUCCAUGUGCCUGUUAGGAAUGGAAAAGGAUGAAACUGCCUUCCACCAUGGCUUAUAUCUACGAUGGGGGGAAGCUAUCAUAGACUGAUCUCAAUCAUGAGGGUGAUCCAGACCAAUGAAUUAAUUGGCGCAAGAAGGAUCAAAAUUCAAUGAGUUUAACUCAUUCAAGGCAUUGAGGGGUGUGGGGAGGGGGGGGGGGAGUUACUGUGAUACAAUGGUGACAUUGUUGAACGCACUAUGAGAGCUAGGCAAAAGACAACAAUAAAAAAAAAGUAAAAUAACUCAUACUAAAAAAGGUUUGGUGUACAUUCUAGCAAGGUGUGUUUACUACAUCACUGGUAUAUAAAAUAUGAGGAUACAGCAUGAUUUCAUCACAGAGAAGUAUAUAAAAGACUGAUCUCAAUCAUGAGGGUGAUCCAGACCAAUGAAUUAAUUGGCGCAAGAAGGAUCAAAAUUCAAUGAGUUUAACUCAUUCAAGGCAUUGAGGGGUGUGGGGAGGGGGGGGGGAGUUACUGUGAUACAAUGGUGACAUUGUUGAACGCACUAUGAGAGCUAGGCAAAAGACAACAAUAAAAAAAAAAGUAAAAUAACUCAUACUAAAAAAGGUUUGGUGUACAUUCUAGCAAGGUGUGUUUACUACAUCACUGGUAUAUAAAAUAUGAGGAUACAGCCUGAUUUCAUCACAGAGAAGUAUAUAAAGCUUAAUAAAAUUGUAAAAAAAGGAUUGAUCCAUAAACAUUUUUAAAUAAAAUAUUCCUACUUCCUUUACACAGCUUGUGGACGAACUCUUCAAGAGGCUAUAGACAGUUUUGGUCACACUCCAAAGGCAGGCACACCAGAGCUGUGCCAAUGGCGCAUUUCAGCCACUCAUGGAGAAAAGAUUGUCUUGAAUAUAUCACGUCUUGACAUACCUAAAUCCUACAACUGUGAAACGGAUUACCUUGAAGUUAGAGAUGGCCACUACAUUAAAUCUCCACUUUUAGGUAAGGGGAGAAUGCAUCUUUGAUUGCUCGAAAAGUCAUCCUUAUUACAUGUCACUGUGGUUUGGCUAGCUCGUUCAGGAACUUUCAAUCUUUUUUUGAAUAGGGAACCAUUUUUAUAUAUUAUGUUAGCAAAGAAUUCAUUUUGAGAGCAGCAUGAUUGUUAAAGUUAAAGAUUAGUUUUUAUAAAACAAAAGAACAAUUUAAUGGAAACAAUUGAAUAUGUAAUAAUACUCUUUUGUGUCUUUUUUUCUGUCUUAGAAAAUAUUAUUAUUGAAACUUCCUUUUAAUUGACCUGUCUUCAUUUUAAGCCUAAACAUUUCUUGUUCCACCAUUAUUUAUGAGAGGUCCAAAGCCACAAACUGAUUUUUUUCCCCUACAAUCAUUUUGCUUAUUUAAAAUUACAUAAUAGCUCAUCACCGUCUAGUACUAGUAUUAUGCUUAUCAAGGACCAUAAUUUUAACAUUUACAAAACAUGCAUUUCAGCUGAAACUUUUGUUGUUUCAUUUGUUAUUCACGCUUUUAAGUCAUACAGUAGGGCCUACUUAUAUUUACCUAUAUGUUGUUUAUCAUUAGAGGUUUUAGAGUGUUUUUGUUAAUGGUCUUAAUUUAAGUCCCAAAUGUACAACUUCUACUUUUCCAUUCAAAAAACUUGAUGAAAGGUAAAUUACAAUCAGCCUAAUGAUGGUGAAGCUUUUGUAAGUAAUAAUAGUUAAUAAAAUUUUCCAAAUUUUAAUUUAUGACAUAGUUUGUGAUGGUCUAUUUUCUUUUCGUUUAGGUAGAUUCUGUGGUGACCAGUUGCCAGAAAUAAUAAUCUCAACAGGAACUCGCAUGUGGAUAGAACAUAGAUCAAGGAAUGGAGGUGGUCAGGGUUUUUCUGCUUCCUAUGAAGGUGUGAUAAUAAUAGUAAUCAAAGUUACAAUUGAUUAUGUUUUUAGAAAUUGUUGAUAUUUUUAAAAAGCCAUUUGUUAACCUUUAUACAAAUUUUGUGUGCAAAACAUCAAAGAUUUUCUACUAAAUCCCCUGAAUUGAAUCCUUCACCUUUUCAAGGCACACACACACGUGCACACCCCCCCCCCCUUUUUUUUCCACUUGCCAUGAAAUAACACAGGGAAUUGUAAUUUCUCCUGUGAAAAAAAAUCCAAAGACUUUUCAAUUUUUAAAAAGCCAUUUUUUAACCUUUAUAAAAAUUUUGUGUGCAAAACAUCAAAGAUUUUCUACUAAAUCCCCUGAAUUUAAUCCCUCACCUUUUCAAGGCCCACACCCCCGUGCACACCCCCCCCCCCUUUUUUUUCCACUUGCCAUGAAAUAACACAGAGAAUUGUAAUUUCUCCUGUGAAAAAAAAUCCAAAGACUUUUCAUAUUUUUAAUAUUACAAAAAAAGUUAUAUACCUUUUUAAAUGUGCAUAUUUCUUUUAAAAUUUAUAUUUUAAAUUAAAAAAAUAUAUAAGGAUAAAUAUAUCUUAAUAUAAAUUUUGUACAAAAUUAUUAGAUUUAAAAGAAAUUUCUAAAAAGCAUCAGUAAAACACAAAAAGAAAUUAAUCAAGGGCAAAUCCAAGUCAUCUUUUGAUUUAAAUUUUCCAACUAAGUGUUUCCUGUCCCUGAUUACUAGAACCAAAAUUGGCUCUAAAUGUUUAAAUUUUUUAAUAAAUAACAGGUCAGCUGAUUACUAGAUAUUGUGAUGUGUAAACAGGAUGCUCAAAAUUAUGUUUGAAAUAUAUUUUGACCAGCAAUUUGUGGAGGGGAAAUAACUAAAGAGGAAGGUUUCCUGACAAGCCCAAAUUACCCAGAUGAUUACAGGCCACAAAAAGUUUGUGUAUGGAAGAUAACAGUUGGAGCAGAAUUUACUGUGGCGCUGAAAUUCCAAUCCUUUGAGGUGAGAUUAUUUCAUUAAUUUCAGAAGUAUGUUAAUUAUAUAGAGUGCUAUAUCAUCAAUAAUAGCUGUUUAGAAAAAUCAAAUUUUCUUAAUUUUUUUUUGCCCACAGAUAGAGAAUCAUGAUGACUGUGUGUAUGACUAUCUUGAGGUCAGAGAUGGUUUCACAGAAAAUUCACCAUUGAUUGGCAAUUACUGUGGCUACAAGAUUCCAGAAGACAUAAAAUCUACUGGUCGCUAUUUGUAUGUUAAAUUUGUUAGUGACAGUUCAGUUCAAAAGCCUGGUUUUUCUGCAGCAUUCAUGAAAGGUAGGUUUCCGUGAACCAUUGACAUCACUAGGAAGAUACAAAACAUUGCCAGAAUAUAUAAAUCAUAGUUGGAGAAAUCUUGCAAGGAGGAAAGAAAUAUCACAGCCACUGAAAAUAACCCUAACCAUUUGUAAUCAAGAUUCCACACAUUUACUGCACAUAAAAAGAUUAAAAUAAUAAAAUAUAUUGUAUGUUAAGUACUAACAACAAUGCAUUUCAAGGAGGUCAGCCAAUACAGUAAGAUUGUUGCCAUGGUUUUAAAAUUACUGUUGGCACACAUUCUUUGACGUAAAUAGAACAUGAAAUUCUAUUUUAAAUAUUAGGCCUAAUGAACCUUUUUUUAAUUAGGAGAUAAUUUAGGAUUGGGAAAUCAGUGUUAUGAGAGAGUCCAAUUUGAUAAUAUAAUUGUUUAAAAAAUCAACCUUAUUAAACAUUUAGAAUUUUUUCCUUUCUUUUGACCUUGCUGUAACUAUAAGAGUAUGAUGAAUGCAGCAGUGAUGACCAUGGAUGUGACCACGAAUGUGUCAACACUCUUGGAAGUUACCGCUGUUCAUGCAGGAUAGGUUAUGAGCUACAUUCUGAUGGGAAAAGAUGUGAAGGUAGGAUAUCGUUAGGAACUACGGGACUGAUAAAAAUGCUGUGGAUCUUUUGAAAAUAUACACUCUUAGUUUCAUUUUGUUUAGACAUAUUUGGAGAUUUUAUUGUGCCCACUUUGCAAUUCUUUCUAUUGAAAACCCUUUUUGAAGAAAAAAAAAGAAAAAAUCCAACCACAUUGAAAAGACAAACCACAGUGAGAGAUAUGAUACUCUUAUUUAUGUUAGUUUUUUAAGCCGUUAAAGCAUAAUGAUAUAAUGGUAGGCUAAUUAUUUACAAUAAACUUCAUGCUUAAAGUACACAUUUUUUAUCAUUUUUUCCCUUCAGAUGCCUGUGGUGGUUACAUUGAUGCUGAGAAUGGGACAAUAACCUCCCCAUCUUACCCUAAUUUGUAUCCAUCCAAUAAGAACUGUGUAUGGGAAAUAGUUGCUCCAAGUGACUACAAAAUAAACAUCAAUUUCACACACUUUGAUCUAGAAGGGCAUAAUGUAAGAAAGGCGGAUAUAAUUUUUUUUUAAAUAGUCACAGGAAAUUCUUUAUCCAAGAGCACACCAGGCCUACUCUUUGUUAAGAUUAUUUUCAAUAUUGUGUAUCAAUUUUUUUCCUUUUUAUUGUGUAUUUAUUUUUUAAAUAUCUUCAAACAGAAGUACAUCUGUUAAGCAUCCAUUGUCUCUAUUUCUUUAAUAAGUUUUUACUUAUGAAAUCAUACAGAGAAUGGCCUCUUCUCUUUAUUUUAUGAUCAAUCAGAUGAUAUAUUUUUUUUUAAAUUGAAUAAUAAUUUUUUUACAAUUUUAAAAAUCUGUUUGCUUUUUGUCAUUACAGCAAGAUUGUGAAUACGAUUCUGUUCGUGUGAGUAGUGGUGGUGUGGGGAGUGAACUGAAGCUUCUAGGAAUAUUCUGUGGAUACACAUUUCCAGCUCCUGUUACCUCUGAGAAAAACAGUCUCAGGAUUGAGUUUAAUUCUGACAAUUCUGUGCAGAAAACAGGAUUUACUGCAACAUUCAUGACAGGUAUUAUUAUAAUUGCAUUUGUUAGAUUAUUCAUUUUUAGUAAUAUUAGUAUUAUUCAUUGCUCUUUGAAUGGAGCUUGCAAGGUGGCACAAUUGCUAUCCCCUGGGUUCUAUUUUUACAAUACAAAAUUCCGUGAGUGAUUUUGCAAAGUUUUGUAAGGCACAUGGUGGCAUUAAUAUUUAAUCAUUUCAUUUAUUAAUUUAACUAUUUUCUACUAUCAAUGAAACAAUCUCUCUUUUUAAAAUUAACCAUAAAAUUUGUUUUUAAUGUAUUUUGAAACAGCAGCACAGUUUAAAUAUGUUCCCUUUUAUUUUAUUUACCCCUUAACAUAAUGAAUAAAUAUUGAAAUAGCAUUUUAAUAGUAGUUUUAUUGUUAAUAGAGAACUUUAUUGUUUGUUAAAUUUGAAACAGCUAGCUGAUUGUGUCAAUACAUAAUGUCAACAUCAUCUCUCUUGCAAAUCUUUCAUUCCAUUACCUGUGUGGACAGAAGUUUUAAUUCUAGUAUUAAAUUAAAAUAGGUUGUAAAGAGAAUAUUAAAUUAUUAUUUUUAUUUUUAAAAUUAGAAACCUUAAAAUUUCUUCUUUUUCAAGAAAUAUUAAUGUUUAAAAUAUAUUCCUAUCAAAGUCUCAAACUAAUUUUUCUUUUCAGACAAAGAUGAAUGUACAGUUGACAAUGGUGGAUGCCAACACAUUUGUAAGAAUACUGUAGGAAGCUACCAAUGUGCUUGCCACAAUGGCUUUACUCUACAUGAUGAUUUGCAUGGAUGUAAAGAAGGUAAAAAUAUAAAUGCUGGAAACGAUAUAGAAUUAAAAGUAAGAUAUUAAUUAAAACCAGCUCUCUUAACAAUUAUUUGGAAACACGCAACUGUAUUCAUUUCAAGAAAAAAAAUAAAAAUGCGACAACUUUCUGUGAUAUUCCCCCUCUGAUUUAUGUGCUUCAGGUGGCUGUCAGUUUGAGAUCAGGGUUCACUAUGGGGUAGUGUCAAGUCCCAACUAUCCUGAUUAUUAUCCAAGCAGGAAAGACUGUGUUUGGCAUUUCACCACAGUGCCAGGACACAGAAUAAGACUUAGGUUCAGAGUUUUUGAGCUAGAGCCACAUCAGGUAAGAGUAACAGCAUAAACAAUCUUUCUAAACAGUAUUGUAAUUUUCCUUUGAGCUAUGGCUCUAACAGAGAUAAAGAUUUGAAAAGGGAAGAAAAAAACAUUAACUGAACAUUUUCAUAAUAAAAUUCUUCAUUGAUUUUUAAUUUUAUUAUUUGUACCUGUGUUUUUAUGGUUAUCAAAAAUUGGUACAAAACCAAUCUAUAAGAAGAAAUGUUGUAGAAGUUUGUUGCAAUAGAAGUGAGUUCAAAUGGAAGUUAAUUUGAACUGAAGUUUGUUUGAAAUGAAUUUGAUCAAUGGAAAUUAGUUCCAAUGGAAAUUCUUUCUUAUAUUUAUCUUCUAUCACCAAUUUAGCUAUGCAUCUAUCUAAUUUUUGUUUUCUUUAUAGGAAUGUACAUAUGAUCAUGUGGUUGUUUUUGAUGGAGAUGACAGUAAUUCCCGCUCAAUGGGGAAGUAUUGUGGUGCUAUAGUUCCAGAGCCAGUUACCUCCAGUGGAAAUAGAAUGUUCAUGCUUUUCUUCUCUGAUGCUUCAGUUCAGAGGAAAGGCUUUGAGGCUGAGCAUGACACAGGUCAUUACUUAAAUUUGUUGUUCUUGUGUAAAAAUUUAAAAUAAGAAUAAGGGACUUUUUUGGAUUAAGGGUUAAACAAGUUUCUAUUCAACAAGGGCUAAAUUGCCCCCAGGGUUAAACAUAAAUUAUAUUUUAUAUAUCCUAGGUGUUCACAUAUAUAAUCUUUUAUAUACCCUCAAAGUGGCAACAUUUUCAAUCUUUUACUAUAUACCCCAGGGUGGUCAAAUAUUUAUUCUUUUAUAAACCCCAGGGUGAUCAAAUAUUUUUUUUUUAUAUAGCCCUAGGGUGGCAACAUAUUUAACUCACAAACUGUGGCAUAGAUCAUUCUGUAGUGUGCAAACUUUCCAGAGCUUUUUGAGUGCCUUUUGAAAUAGCAUAAAAUUACAUAGAAAUAUUGAUACAAGAUCCCAAUAAGUAUAUAUUUUUUGUAAGUUAAAUGAAUGGGAAUAAAGUUGGCUAUAUUGCCCACCCCGUAAAACAAAAUUUGUUGAGUGUCCUUGACCUUGGAGUGCUCAAGAAAGAAAAAUUAACAAAAUGUCUUGCUUUCAAGUGCUCGUAAUUGUCAUAACAUCAUUUUAUAGAUUCCAUUAAAAUACUAUUAUAAAUGUUGUAGCAAAAUCAUUUAUCUUUCAGAAAAUUUAUAGUUUGCUAUGAUUUUGAUUACAAUAAAACCUCUGAUAGCAAUUUAAGUAAUUUUAGUUAAUUUAUUACUGAAAAAAUAAGGAACUGGACCACAGCUAUAACCAAGUAUAUCAUACAAAAUCUCAGGCAAAGAAAGUUAUUAUUGACAAGUAAACAUUUAAAAAGGAGCCGUGGAGCUGAUUUGGGUUGUCUAACCUGUUAGUUCUCAUCUAUAAUCUGUAGCUUAUGUGACUAAAAUUCAAUCAGUCCUUGCCCAACCUCUGGGCCUGGCUUGAAGUUUAACAGUAGGUCUACUUCAGUACCACUAGGACUGGUAUCAGAUUCACUAGAAGAAGAAUUUGAACUUAGAUCAUCAUGGGGAUGUUAAAAUCAUCAUCAUUAUCAAUGAAAUCCUCUCCUAAAAAGCUUUGAAAAAUAUUUCUAUUAGUUCUUGUACUGAAGGCCAAGCCAUGGCUUCAUCUAUUUUAGCUUUACAAUAAGUACUUUUUAAUUGGAGUUAUAUCGCUGUUUUUUUAAAAAGUACUUAUUGUAAAGUUAUCAACAAAGAGCUUGCCCCGGAAGAUGAUUUAAUUAUUAAUAAAAGGAAGUGGCUAUAAUUCCGGUUGGAUUGAAAGUUGCCAACUGACCGUGUUUUUUAUCUGCCGAUUUUUUCCGCUGACCACAGUUUGUGGGUGAAUCUCUUAUACUUAUAAACCAUAAUGCUGGUCAUAUUUAAUCCUUAAAGACAGGCCUGCACAACUCAAAAAUGUAAGGCAGCUGUAAUACUGUAAAAAAAGGGGGAAGGCUAUUAAGAAAAUAAUAAUAGCAAAGAAUGUUUUGUAACUUCGCACCCCGCAAAGGGGGUGCUGGUGGGCCAUAUGUUGUGCAGGUCUGCUUUAAGACAUAGUACUAUCAGCAAACAAUAGAUGAGGGUACAUCAACUUACAUUAAUUGUACUGCUCAACCUCAAUUGUCUAAAGAACAUUAUGAGAACAUGGCUUCAACUAUUAUAUUUGUGAUACCAAGAUAUGUUUUCGUUCAAAAUUAAAAAAAUUCUUACCACAUUGAUUCUGAUGCAGAUCUAUGGCUAUCCAUAGUCUCUCCCAAUUAUGUACGUCUUUACUUUAAAAUAAGCAGCUUUCUGAUUUUUUGGUGUCAAUACUGAUUACAGAUUUUCAAUUUUUAUAACCUUACUAUUUAUUUUGUAGUGUGUGGGGCACAUUUACUAGCUACUUCUUCACCACAAGAUAUUGUUUCUCAUGCUCGCUUUGGAGAUCACAAUUACGAUAAUAGGGAGGAUUGUGAAUGGAAGUUACAGGCUAAGGAAGGUCAUCGCAUACAACUUAGAUUUAAUGUCUUUGAUCUAGAGGAAGAAGCAGAAUGUGGGUAAGUAGGAAUAUGAUUUAUAUAAGUAUUUCAAGCAGGAAAGUGAUCACGACAUGUACCUUUUUUGUCAUGUGUUCAAAUAGUAAAUUAAGCUUUUUUGUAUGACUAGGAGUUUUUAAGGAAAUUUUAAUGUAAAAAAUGGAACAUUUGAUUCAAGAGGAUAAGUUGACUUUUUUGUAUACAGAUGAUUAGAAUACCAAUUUAUUACCAUACAUUUCUUGAAAAGCAUCUGUUAACAGCGGGGAAAUUAAUAUAUUAAACUUUUUACCUAGACCAGUGUUUUCAACCUUCCUAAUGCCUUGACCCUUUAACACAAUUCCUCGUGUUGCAGCGACCCUUAACCAUAAAACUAUUUUGGUUGUUACUUCAUAACUGUAAAGUAUGUGUGUUUUCCGGCGGCCUUAGGCAACCCCUGGGGAAGGGUCAUACGACCCGCAAAGGGUUUGCGACCCACAGAUUGAAAGAUGCAUACUUAAGUAGUUUGAUAAAUAAAUUAAGUAUGCUAUGUUUCCUAUUAAAUAAAUUAAACAGUGUUCAGAAAUAUUUGUGAGUAAAAGUGUACACAAGGAGUUGUUUAGUAUGACUCAAAAUGAUUGAAAUUAAAAGUAUCACAUUAGAGUCAAAUCUCUUUCCAAUAUUAUAGAAGAAGUUAAAUUAUAUGGUCUCUACAAAAAAUGUCAUUUUUAGAAAUAUCAGAGUUAGUAAAUUUAUUUGGUUUUGUAAAUUCUUGAAUUAUUCUCAGGUAAUGCUUUAAUGUUAUUUUCAAGGUAUGAUGCUGUGACAGUCUUUGAUGGCCCUCAAGAUUCUUCCAAUGUUAUUGGUGAAUUCUGUGGAAGUGAGGUAAACAUCAAACAUUUUAUAGAUCAUUGAAACAUUUAGUGUUUGCUUUUAAGAAUGGUAUCACAACAAAUAGUUAAUACACAGAGUCAAUUUUAGUCAAUCCAACAUUAGAAAAUCUUUUCCAGAAUUAUUACAUUUUGCCAAAAUGCUAUGCCAACCAAAAAAAAUGAACAUUUUAAACAAAAUAAUUAAUGAAAAUACUGUCAUUACUGAAUAAUUAUACAAGUCAAAUACCAAAUCAUAUAAACAAAAUUUUAAGAUUUGUAAUUGGCAAAAACUGAAAAAAAAAAGUCAUUUUAAAAAAUGUAAAAAAGAAAAGGAAUUGAAAUAAUACAUUAAAAUUUAUAAUUUGAACUGAAAUGUGCAUAUGGUGUGUAAAAGUAAAAAACUGAUGUUUUCUAUUAUGGAUUAACAACAUUAACUUAAUUAAAGCUGAUUCAUGGUUGUUAGACAUAAAAGAAAAUAAACUUCCUUAAAUGUGUGUUACCCCCCAAAAAAAAACAUUAGUUGAUAUCUACAUUUUUUUAUAUAUUGACCUUAAUUGUUAGUUAUUUAUUAUUUUCGUAUAUUAUUUUGUGUAUUUUUCUUCUAGGUCCCAGAUCCAAUCCUCUCAACUUCAGAAUAUCUCUUGAUUCGUUUCCGCUCUGAUGACACCAUCAACUGGAAAGGUUUUUCCGCCACCUACCAGCUAGCCAAUCCACCACCUGAUUAUGAAGAAGAGAAAGACAUAUACGAUCUAGAAGUUGAAUUUGAUUGACAUGCUUUGAAUUUAUUUAUAAUCAAUGCAAAAUAUGUGAUAAAGAAUCAUAUUAUCUAAAUAUUUUACCUAUUUACUGGUAAAAGUUUGUGAAAUAAAUAUAAUUAUUCAUAUGGUAUGAUUUUGAUCUAUGCCUACUGCCUAGUCCAAAAUCAUAGAAAUUUUAUCUUUGCUUAUACUCACAUUUAGCAGUUCAACUAACAUUAAAUGCCUUUAUUAAAUCUCAAUUCUCCUUAAAAUCUUUUUAAAAAAUUCAUUCAUUCAGUUACCAACAUCCUUAAAAAAACACAUUCAUUUGUCUAAUGUGUGUUAAAAAAAUAUUUAUCACACCAUUCAUAAUUAUAUUUUUUUAUGCAAAGACUUGCACAAAAUGAAAUGCCUUCAGAAAUUUAUGUAGAUUAAGUAGACAUCGCUUAAUGUUUUGUAAGUAUAAGGAAUCAACAAAAUAACACAAUAAAAAUUGUUGAAAUGUGUUCAAUUGAAGGAAAUUGUUUUUAAUGGUAUGAUGUAGCAAAGAAAAAAAAAUUAAAUGCAGUGCCAACAGGCAUGGUCUGCUUAUUGAUAAUAUUGUAAUUAUGUAAUAGAAAGGAUUUAUGUCCAGCUGUCCUUUGAAUUGAUAGAAUUCUAUUUCAUUUAUGAAAUAAAAAUAAAAAACCUUACAAGUCAAACUGAAGAGAUUAGUUAUGUAUUAUUUAUCUUUCACUUCUUUUGGUAGGCUUAAAUCAGUAUGUCAUAUAAUAGACCGAGGGAAAAUGUGCUAUUACACAGAGAAGACUUUGAGAGCCCCUGGGUGGCUUUACUAUGUAAACAAAUAGAGAAGAUUUGAGAUUCCAUGGGUAGCAUAACCCAUUAAGUAAAUCAAAAAGAGAGGUUUUUGAUUGCCCAAAGGUGACUUGACUCUACAAACAAACAGAGAUGAUUUUACAGACCAUGGAUCAUUUUAACGAAAACAACAGAGAUGCUUUUGAGAAGGGUGGCUUUAAUCAAUAAGCAUAUUUGUAAUGAGAGAGUUAUGAAAGCCCAAGGGUGGCUUUACUCAAUAAACAAACUGAGAGUGUUUUGAGAGCCCAUGGAGGAAUUUUUCUAUUUAUAAAAUUUUACUUACUUUGUUAUUGUUACUUUUGGUCAUGAUAAAAUUGCAAUAAUUUUUUUAUGUCACAUUUUUAGUUUCCCAUUAUAAGAUUUCAGAAUAUAUCCCUUAGUUAAACAACUAAUUGAGAUUUAAAGGUAGAAAAUAUUGUGUUCAAAAGUGUAUGCUUCCCAUCCUUAGAACUGCAGUAUUUGAUGUGUUAAAGAUAUUGUUUUUAUGCUUUAAAAAAGACAGUUGUUAUCCAUGCUUCCUUCAAAGCAAUACUUCUGUCAAAAAGAUAUCCU